GAGAAAGAGGAGAAAAGGGGAGAGAAGGAGAAUGAUUAGAGUAGAAGUUGUGUAGUUCUAGAGAAGGUUCUAGAGAAGGUUUAAAUAACUUCGUCCACAGGCAGUCUGGUGCACGAGACUAGUUAGGAAUUUAUUCACCCUAGACCAAUACGUCACGAUUUGUUAUGAUUAGACUUUGCUGUUACAACACUUCUUCCGCAGAGGAGACCGUUGACGGGGAGUUCUAGGAGUUUACACGUACACUUUACGAUCUAACCAGAGAGUCCGGUGAGACCGUGAUAAAGGCGGUAAGCAGAGAGAGAGAGAGAGAGAGAGAGAGUGAAAGAGAAGAGCCUACUAUUAUGGCUCCAUUGCAGCUCGCGGUGUACUGGCGUCUCGCGCUCAUAUUCUUCUUCAUGGCGUUUCUCUUCUUCCUCGACAUCUUCGCUGUUAGCAGAGCAACCUCCUCGUGCAAUAACGUCCCGGGUGAGUUACCGGCCGGGAGUCGGACCGGGGGAGAAGUCUCUUCUAGUGCGCACACACAGAACUGGACUACAUGGGAGGUGCGAGAGGUGAUGAACGGGUCACUUAUACAGGGCACACUGUGUAUGGAUCCGGUGGUGUUGUCGUACAGUCAGACCGUGUACAUGACUGGCCUUCUGCUGGGAUCUCUGUUUGGAGGAGCUCUCUCUGACAGGUACGGUAAGCGAGCGGUGCUGCUGGUGUGUGUGUGUGUCAAUGCUGUGACCGCUGUGCUGCCGGCCGUCCUUCCUCACGCCCUCCUCUUCCUCACCCUGCGCUGUCUGGCCGGGGUCUCCUGCUGCUGCAUCAAUAUCUGCAGCUUCAGCCUGGGUGUGGAGUGGAGUCUUCCCAGGUAUCGUAUAUGGCCCCCGGCCCUCCUGUCUUUCUCCUUCAGCCUGGGUAUGAUGGCCCUGGCACCGCUGGCAUACCUCACACACAGCUGGACUCAGCUACACCUGGCACUGGCCAUACCACAGAUCCUCUGUCUGCCUCUCUACUACUCUAUUCCUGAGUCUCCUCGCUGGCUACUCCUGAUGAGGAGGACAGAGACUCUGGAGGAGUACAGGAGACGAAGUCCUGAGGACAAACACUGUCUUGACCUGCUGUUGGACACAGAGGGGAAGGACCUGCAGCAUGUCCACCUGGACACAGACACACCUGAGAAAGUCACAGACACACCUGAGAAUGUCGCAGACACACCUGAGAAAGUCACAGACACACCUGAGAAAGUCACAGACACAGAAACACAGGAGGAACACACACUUUCCCACUGCGGACACAUGAGAAGUCCCACCAUCCUACUGCGCCUGAUCAUCAUGAGUUACAUUGGGCUAGCGUCAGCCCUGACGUACUACGGGAUCUGUUUGAACGUCGGGCGGUUCGGGGUGGAUGUCUUCCUGGCUCAGUUCUUCAGCGGCCUAUCAGAGGCUCCCUGCCUGCUCGUCCCAUUCCUAUUGGCUCACUGCGGCAGACGCCCAAUCAGCAUGCUAUCCCUGCUCCUCAGUGGCUCCUUCUGCCUGCUAUCCCUGCUCGCAUCACGCUUCUAUGAUGUCCCAGGGUUGGUGAUGGCUCUGGCCCUUGUGGGGAAGCUGUGUGUGCAGACCACUGUGUUUGUCUCUGCACUCUACUGCGUUGAACUCUUCCCUACGCUCAUCAGACAGAAGUGUGUGGGCUUGGUGUGUCUGUGUUACAGGGUGGGCUGUAUCCUGAAUGUGGUGGUCAGUCCCAGAGGAGAAACCAUCCCAUUGGCCACUAUGAUUCUUUAUGGGAGUGGCCCCAUUAUUGGGGCGGGACUGUGUCUGUUUCUACCGGAGACCAGUGGUGUGCCGCUCCCUGAUUCGCUGGAGGACUGUGACAAACAGCCCAGUCUUCGUCUACCAACCCUCCCCUCCCCUUGGUCUUCUGAGGGCGCUCAGCGGACGCCCCAGGCUGACAAGGCCUGUCCAUUCCUGGGAGACACGGACCCAGAGAAGCCCUCCCACAACUCAACUGACAAACACUGCACGUACUCACUCACACACACCACAAACACACACAUGCUGUAGAUACAUGUAUUUGAAGUUCCAUGGUGCUCAGUUUGUACAGAACACAAGAAACUGGGAGGUACUACCUGAACUUUGUCCAAUAAACAUCACAAAACAUUUUGCGACGUUGUGCCCUAUUGAACACAACCCGGGUUUUAAUGUUUUAAUCGGUUUGAUCCUGCAUCUCCCACAGCCUGUAGAGGCUUGCUGAGAUCAUUUUUAAACACAGACCUGUGUGUGUGUGAUGCAAGGAAACAUAGCUAAUGUUAUCAUUGUGUAAACAGCUCUGCAGGGAGGUUCUGUGUGUACGUUUUUGUACGUGUGUUAUCCUUGUACAAUCAUUAAUCUCCCUUGCACCUUGCUGACAUUUCUACGCUGUGUUUCAUGUCAAGGGCGGCAGGUAGCUUAGUGGUUAAGAGCGUAGUGCCAGUAACCAAAAGGUGCUGGUUCUAAUCACUGAGCCG